GGGAGUUUCAAGCGCCCGAUGAGUCGACCACGCUCGUCUCUUCCUUAUUCGCUUCAUGCAUCCAUUACUUCUUGUCUUGGGGUCAUAGAACGGGUGUCCGAGCAACAAAGCCCCCCCUAAUCACGUUCAUGCAAACAGAAUUGGCCGUUUCGGAUCGUUUAUGCUACAAGUUCAAUAAUCAGCACCGUUCGGCCGUCUUCCUACGCAGGGCCGUCGAAGCACGUCGGAUUCUCAAAAGGAUACGCAGGAUUCUCGUGGGCUUGUCUCUACCUAUCACCAGUAAACAAAGCAUUUCCUGGACACAUCUCCCUCCCAAGCGCCUACUUCCGUCCUCUCUGCACGCCAUUCAUGAAUUAUGCCUGCUCUUGAAUAAGGCCAUGACAGUUUUACGAAGUGCUUAUACCUUCUCUGAACUACAGCAUGGGACAAAAACAUUCCGCGCUCAAACAUCGAUGCUGGUGGCCAUUUUUAGCCGAGUACCUACGGUAUGCGUAGAGCUUAGGAGCGCUUUUGACGCAAUAUGGGAAUAGUUUAUGCAACUUUCUAGGGUUCUUCGGUGCGACCCAUGAAGCUUCCCCAAUCAGA